UGCUCAAAGCAGACAGCCUGGGAACCCAACUUUCCCAGACCACGGAGACCACUGCUAGACAAGCAACUGAGAUGACUAACAUACUUCUUGUAUCUGUUGUUUUGCUACAUUUUCUCCAAGGGAGCACAAGCAAGAAAUUACCUGGAGUUGAGCAAUAUGAAAUAGUUUAUCCACGGAAAUUGCACACAGUCCAUAAAAGAGAUACAGAAAGAAAUAAAGAGACAAAAUAUGAUGACACAGUGGAGUAUGGAUUCAAAGCCAAUGGAGAGGAAGUCAUACUGCACCUACAAAAAAACAAGCAUCUAUUAGCUAGAGACUAUACUGAAACAGUUUAUUCUGAUGACGGUCGACAAAUAACAACAAGUCCUCAGAUCAAGGAUCACUGUUAUUAUGAAGGUUACAUUCAGAAUGAUGUUCAUUCCAUAGCAAGCAUCAGUGCUUGCAAAGGUCUAAGUGGCUAUUUUGAGACCCAUGGCCAGAAGUACCUCAUUGAACCCUUGGGAACUUCAGACAGAGAUGAACAUGCGGUCUAUAAGUACGAGAAACUCGAACAAAAGUCCAUAAAAACGUGUGGUCUAAUCAAUAACACCUGGGAAGCAGAUUCAAAUGACCCCAUCAAUGACACCUUCAAAUCCAGCAAUAAUCCAGAAAUGGAAGCAUAUCUGAAAGCAAAAAAGUAUCUGGAACUUUACAUAGUUGCAGAUAAUACUUUGUAUAAGAAGUAUGAGGAAGAUGUUCAAACUGUAAGACAAAGGAUAUUUGGAAUAGUCAAUUACAUCAACACGGUUUAUAAGGCCAUAAAUACCUACGUGGCUUUAAUUGGCCUAGAAAUCUGGACACAUGGUGAUAAAUGCCUCGUGAGUCGUGUUGCAGGAUCCACUCUGGACAGUUUCUCAAAGUGGCGUCUAUCAGAUUUAUUAAAGAGGAAAAGAAAUGACAAUGCUCAGCUAAUCACAGGCUAUGACUUUGAGGGGACAACGAUUGGAUUAGCCUUUCUGAAAUCCAUAUGCAGUGAUAUAUAUUCUGCAGGUAUUAUUCAGGAUCACAACAGAAAUGAAAUUGCAGUUGCAGCUACCAUGGCACAUGAGAUGGGACACAACCUUGGCAUGAGUCAUGACACCAAAGCCUGCACAUGUAAUGAUCAAGUUUGUAUCAUGACAGAUACUGUCAGCUCUAUCAUCCCCAAGAAAUUCAGCUCUUGCAGCCUCCAAAGUUUUGAGAAAUACAUGUUGAAUGACAUGCCAAAAUGCUUAACUAACAUCCCAGAUAUAAGCAGCAUCAUAGCACCUCCAUCCUGUGGAAAUGGCUUUCUGGAAAGAGGAGAGGAAUGCGACUGUGGUACUCCUGAGGAGUGCACAAAUCACUGCUGCAACCCCAAGACGUGCAAACUGACAGAAGGCUCCACGUGUGCACAUGGAGAGUGUUGUGAAAACUGCCAGUAUAAAAAACCAGGUGCUAUCUGCCGAGCAGUUAAGCAUGACUGUGACCUGGCUGAGAUGUGCACCGGCUUUUCUGCAAAUUGCCCAGAGGAUCGAUUCCGUGUGAACGGAUACCCCUGCAACUAUGGUGAAGGCUAUUGCUACAUGGGAAACUGUCCCACCCGAGAAAACCAGUGCAAAGCUGCUUUUGGACCACACGCUACUGAUGCUGCAGCUUCCUGUUACCGGAUGAAUGAGAAAGGGGUAUAUUAUGGAUACUGCAGAAAAGAAAAAGGUAGUCACGUCCCGUGUAAAAAAAAAGAUAAAAUGUGCGGAAAGUUGUUCUGUACGGGGGGGACGGAGAUGCCUCGGGACAUGAGCCUAGUGACUUUUGAUUCCUGCAAAGCAAGUUUUCCUAGAAAUGGAGAAGCAGACGCGGGGAUGGUUCUCGAUGGAACGAAGUGCGGGAACGGGAUGGUGUGUAGCAAUGGAGAAUGUGUCUAUGCUGAAGAUGUCUUCAGAUCUACCAACUGCUCUGCCAAGUGUACUGGACAUGCUGUGUGCGACCACAAUUUGCAAUGCCAGUGUGAAGAAGGAUGGGCACCACCAACCUGUGACAGCUCAUCGGCAGUUACCAGCUUUGCUAUUGUUGCUGGCGUGCUGGUUGUCCUCGCUGUCACAGCAACUGCAGCGGUGUUACUUAUCCGCUUCCGAGUAUUCAAGAAGAGCUGCCAGACCAGAAGGGGACCUGGAGCCACAAACCAAGUCUUUGUGGAUCAAGAACAAAGACACAGAGAACACCCUGUCCUGGCGGUACCUGACCAGAAGAGGAAUGAUAAGAAACUUCUCCUUCCUGUACCUCCACUGCAGGAGAACAAACCACAGCUCCAGAGCCCUAUCGUAAGACCAAAAGGUCCUCCACCUCCUAUUCCUUCUACCAAACCAACCUCUUCCCACACAGAAGCGAUUUUUGCACCAGAAAGAAAACCUCCUCAUCUCCCAGUUCCCAAAGGCAAACCUCCACCUCCACCAAAGGCUUUAAAACCUCCAAUUAAUCCCAGAGUAUGAAGCUUCUGCAGUAGGGCUGAUCAAGAUACCUGAAAUUUUCAGGGACAAUUUGUUUGUCCCUCAAUUCCUCCACUUUUGGCAAAGGCAACAAAGACAGUCUUCCUGUUCUCUUUAAAAAAAGAACAACUGACUGACAACUGCUUUGAAAGGAGAAGUUUGGUUUUCAAACAGUGAGGAACUCUUUAGUGAUGACAUCAAGCUACUGUCCAAAAGGAAACGAAGUAGAAUCGCUACUUGCACUGAGGUGUAGACUAGGAGCAAGUUAUAAAAGCUGCUUAACACAUCCCAACUCCUAGGCCACCACCGCAAGAUGUGGCUGCACUGGGAUGCCCUGCAUCUACACUUUUCUCUGUACAGACCUGAGAAGAUCAUGGAAAGUAUGGCUAUGGUAUGUUUGUAAAUUGUAAACUUUUUGCUACAUUUCUGGAUCUUUGCCAGCCCUCUCUCCAGCAACAGACCAGACCUUCUCCUUCAUGUGCAAGCUGCAAGUUCUGGAAAGAGAAAAGUCCUUCCUGCCCUUCGGAGAAAAGUUUGUGUCCUCAAGACCUGAACUAGCC